CCAAGGGUCAUCUCUGGGCUAACUAUGUGUCCAUGUAAAGGGGCUAAAUUAUUCCGGCCCUGGAAUAUUAAAGUUUAAUGAGAUUUUUUUUUCCGCCCGUGACGUAAUGUGGACGCCGAAUUGAAGUGCGGUUCGUGACACUUCGGCGACGGCCGCAAUUCUCUGUGCAAGUGACCAGUAGGCGACAAGUUGCCCCUGUAGCUGUUAAUGAGGCGGGUUGGUCGACGCAGUUCAGUCCGUGGCGUGUCAUCGCACGGAAAACGACACGCGCCGUGUGCACUCUUGUCAACAGUUGCACAAAUCGAGUGCUGACUGUGGAAGUUCAACAACGUCGGCUACGGUCUAAACGUUAGCUCGUUUACAAACGCCAGCUACGCGAAAUUGACUUGACAUCAGCCCGGCGUGCAGCCUAACGCGAGGCAAUGAGCUAAACGGCGGUUAGCACAGAAAGCAAUCAGAGUCAAACCGCUCCUGUCAAACUCAGCUCGACAACUACGACCCGCAGUCAGCUGUGGCUGAUGGGAAUGGAUGCACGGUCAGUUUGGAGAUGACCUCCCUUCUGUAGCUGUUUCUGCCGGACAGCCGACCCUGGCAGCCCCUACAUGGCGGCGUGCCCUGUCCAGUUCCUUUGCCGGGGGCUUCGCAAUGUCGGAUUAGUUCUCCUCUACUACACCUUCUCCAUUGGCAUCACCUUCUAUAACAAAUGGCUGAUGAAGGGAUUCCGCUAUCCCCUCUUCAUGACGUUAGUCCACCUCACCAUCAUCUUCUGCCUGUCGGCUCUAACGCGACGGGCCAUGCAGUUCUGGACAGGGAAGCCCCGUGUCAUUUUGAGCUGGAAAGAUUACCUCAUUAAAGUGGCGCCCACUGCCUUGGCCACAGCACUGGAUAUUGGACUUUCCAACUGGAGCUUACUCUUCAUCACCAUUAGCUUGUACACCAUGACCAAGUCCACAGCUGUGCUCUUUAUCCUCUUUUUCUCCCUGGUGUUUAAACUAGAGGAGCCGAACCCAUUCCUGAUCCUGGUGGUCCUGCUGAUCUCCAUCGGUCUGUUUAUGUUUACAUACGAGUCUACUCAGUUCGAGCUGGAGGGAUUCAUCAUGGUGCUCCUGGCGUCCUUCAUAGGGGGGAUCCGCUGGACCCUCACCCAGGUCCUCAUGCAGAAGGCAGAGCUGGGUCUUCAGAACCCGAUCGACACCAUGUACCACCUGCAACCUCUCAUGUUCCUUGGUCUAUUUCCUCUCUUCCUCUGUAACGAAGGGCUGAGCCUCAGUACCUCAGAAAAGAUGUUCCGGGUAACGGAGCUUUCACCUCUCCUUUAUUCGCUCUUCUUCCUGAGCGUCGGCGGCUCACUGGCCUUUGGUUUGGGUUUCUCAGAGUUCCUGCUCGUCUCCCGAACCUCCAGUCUCACUCUGUCAAUAUCGGGGAUCUUUAAGGAGGUGUGCACUCUGCUUUUGGCAGCAGCUCUGAUGGGAGACAAAAUGAGUGCCCUAAAUUGGCUGGGAUUCACUGUGUGCCUUUGUGGCAUUUCAUUGCAUGUGGGACUGAAAACGUAUUAUUCGAAAAAUAAGGUCCCAUCUUUAAGGCAGCUGAACAGCAGGAGCCCAGAGCACGAGUUGCCGUUGCUGCAGCAGAGCAGAGACGGAGCGACGGAUUCAGCUGCAGGCGGAUACAGCGACGAAGACGAGGACCAAGAAAUCACUCUGCACUGACAUUGCAGGAUAUGGGCCAAUUAGGUCUCGACAGCAGUCACACGAAAUAUUGUUGCUCUACAACAAUUUCACAAGACACCAAAUAAGUCCAAAAACUGCUUGGGACACACUGCCACAAAAAAGAGGGAACUGCCUCCUCUGCGCUUUACUUCCACUGAUUGUGUCUUCAGGCGACUAUCAGCUGUACAUGAACUGUGGACUGUGAACGUGACACAAGUUAUGAUGUUUCGCCUUAGGGGCGCUUCCGAAAUGUAGCUAAUACAUGCAAGUGUCAAAGUAUGAUCUAUGGGGGGAAGAGAGCUUCACAGUUUUAAAUGCUACUUUGACACCUUGAAUUGUACUGGGUCAUUUUUCUUUGCUCCAUAAUUGUCAAACUGUGGGAAAAUCUUUGUAUGCUUUAAACACCUACAUGCAGAUGUGUAUGAAGGUGUAGUCUAAUGGAAUUCGGUGAAGUGGCCUACAGAAAUUUCCCUACAGAAUAAAGUGUUGGGAAAUCGGAAUUCAUUAUGGAAAGUUUCUCAUGCAAGUGUUUGGUAAAUGAUAAACUAGAAUUUUUCUGGUGGUUCAGGUACCACAGCAUUUAAGAGUGGGAACAUUAAAUCUAAAACAGGUUAUUUUUUGACUAACCAAAUAAUAUUUUGGUGUAUAAAAAAAAGAAGUGCCCGUCACAACUAAACCACCUAAAGCCUUAAGGUCCAUGCCGUAAUUCCCUGUUGUGUCCAGAACUGUAACUUGUCACAACAUGGUGAUUUUUUUAAUAAUCAAAAUCUCAAUGAAAUUGUGAAAAGAGCAGCAGGGUUGGAAACGACAUUUGAUCUAAAAUGAAUGGUUUCCAGCCAUUUGGGUCAGUGUCGCACGACUGCACCCAAACGUGCCUUUACGAAUGUGUUUUAAAUAGCUGUUUUCAAAAUCAUCAUGAUUUCAAUCUGUGAUUAUGUAGCUGAAGUUCUUCAGUUUUAACCCAAUUUAAGAAAGUAAAUGUCUUUAAAUGAUGUUAUGGGGGGGUUGACUGGAAUUUCUGUAAAAAAAAAAAAAAAAAAUCAGCAAUGUUGCAAUGAGAUGGAAAAAUUAGGAAAAUAAAUGGUUAUUUUUCAAUUCCAGAAUAAAAGUGUGAUAUCUCA